CCGGCAAGCCGCAUGCACAUCUUCCCAUUGCUAUUGUGCAUACAAAAUUGGCCAGUCAGCAAGCGGCGACGUUUGCAUCGUUGUGAAUGCAAGUGCAGUACUAAAAACGGUUGCUACUUCGAGUAGAAGAAAGGAACGAAAAAGUGUUCACCGGAUGCUGGUAUUCCCGCUGCUUUUGGCACAUUCUCCCAAAAAAGAUGGCUCAUCAACAAAGGGACAGAUCGCUCAAGAUUUAGGAUGCUUUCUUCGUUCAACGGACAGGCGACUUAAUAUGGAACGUACAUGAGCCGGAAACAGGGUCAGAUAUUGCAUAAAACAUAUUGCAUAAACUUGUUCAUCUCGAUCUGGAACCAUAGCGACUAUGAGCCUCCCGAUGGAAGACAAUACGAUAAGCAUGUUUAUGGAUGUUAAGCUGGAUAUUCGCGAGAGGAAGCUGGAAUUUUCUCACAUGAAGUCUUGGUCGAGGUACUUUGUACGGGUAGAAGCCGUCAAAUGUUUCCCGUGUUAUAUGCGCAUCUCGUUUUUCACAUCACCCACCGAUCUUACCACCGAUCUAAUCGUGCGUAUCAACAUUCCCGGUCUCACCGUACAAAUGGCCACAUCCCGCACGAAACAACACUCGUACGGCCUUUUUUGGAAGAAUAAUCGCAAACGCUGCUGCGCCUAUUUCGCCCUGGAAACGCAACUUCUGUGCGAGCGGCAUCUGCGCUGGAUGAAGAAAUCGAUCCGCAACCUUGAGCUGUAUCGACAGGAGAUGAUGCAGUUGCGCCGUGCUAGCCGAACACCGGUGUGCGAAAUACGGCAAGAGAUGCAACCACUCGAUCCGCUUGCUGUUGUCGCGGCAACAGCCGAUGCAGGAAUGUGUGAUGAUAUGGGCAUCUAUCAGAAUCUGGACAACACGCAAAAUAUUAUGGGCCUUCAGGAUAUACUUGGACCGUUGCCUACCGUACCGAUAGUGGAACGAACCGAACCGAAUUCAGCCAACUGGUCGAGGCGUGUUUCAGGAGUGUCUGGCAUCUACGAGGAAAUUCGCGACGAUAUAGCUGCACCGCAUUCCCGUUUAUCACGGGCCUCGAUCGCUUCUGGAAUCUACGAGGAAAUGAAACUGGUGAGCGCAAGUAGUGCGCCAACAAAGGAAGACGUUGUCACACCGCCUCCACCACUGCCACCCCGGAAACGUACAAGUACGAACGAUGGGUUUGAUCUGCAACGUUCGUACACUGCACCGGAAGUGGAGCUUAUGAAGAAGAAACGUCACCACUGGCUUCGCUUAGAAUCGAUGUUUGGACGACGGCGUACCACCAGCACAGAUUCGCAAGGUUCGGCAUCGGAUAAAAAGAGCUCCAAUAGGAAAGAAUGCAAAAUGUUCACAACAAAACCAUCUGAAAAAGAAAAAACAGUUUCGGUAGUCCAUCGCGAUAAGGUGUGCCGGUUGCGUUUGGCCGAGAAUAAGCGCAACAGUUUUUCUAGUCCUGAUUUGAGCCGGUUGAAAAUAACCGAAACACCCGAAGGUGCGCGAUGCGAUGAUGGAGUUGGCAAUACGUCUUGCGACAAUCUUUCGGAUGGUGUUGGGUCUUGUACGUCGGAGUUUUAUCUUCAGCGAGAUAUCGACUACAUUGAGGAGGAUUCUUGCUUUGCUUCGUCUGAGUUUAUAAACACGUCCGGCAUGUCCCUUAUCGAUGAAAGUGAAGCGAACGUGGAACAUUACCCGGAGGGAUUCGGAUUGGUAAUGCCGGAUUUAAGGCGUUUGAACAUUUCCGAACGCAUUCGGGAGGGUUUUAAUCGUUCGGCAAACUCGUCGACGGUAAAUCUUGUGGGCUGUGUGGCUGCCAUUGGAGAAGAAGAGCUCGAGACAGAGCACGGUUCUGCACAAACGUCUAAUGUUGCAUGCCCUCCACCGAUCGGGGUAUCGGAUUUGGACGGUUACCUUGAGAUGGGCCCGGUCGGUACAGGGUUUAAUCGUCAGAAACUGUUAGACGAGGUUGUUAUGUACAGAAAUAAUCCUGUGCCUUCUAUAACAUCAAGCGGAUUAGUUCCAAGUGUGCCAGAUAGUGAAGAAUCAGUCUAUAUGAAUAUGGGAGGAACGGAGAAGGCAAUCCAAGAACCGAUUCGAUCCAGUUCUACCAGUAGUACUAGUAGUACUAGCACUAACAGUAGCAGUGGCGUUAGUAGCGCUAGUGAACAUAGUUACGUUGCUGUACACGAUGCUACUACAGGGAAGCACCGUUGCUCGGUGGAUGAUAAAAUUCCUUCCUACUAUCCGAACGAAGAUUCGCCGAGAACGUCACCGAGCAACUGCAAGAACAAAACGACCAUUGUAGCCAGUCCAAUGACUCCACCCGCUACUACACUGCCGAGAAUAGUACGAUCCGCACAACGAGCCACGACCGAAUCGACGGUUGAACAAUAUGAUCGUAUCCAAGCAUCGUUCCGCACACCGAAAGCGAGCAGUCGCCGAUUGCGUACGUCUCACGGUGCACGAUUGUCACCGAAAGAUGCGGCCCAUCACGUCGAGUCUGCCUCAUGUGGUUCCGAAUGUUCACCGAAGCUGUACCAAAAGUAUGCAACCCUUGCACGAAUGUCAUCAUCACCUUGCAGAACUGCGGAGAAAUCUAAAAAUCUGCUCGAUGAUAAAGCACCGGAAAAAGGAAUUGUAACGACACCGGUAGCGACGACACCGAUUAGUAAGCGUUUUGGAUCGUUACCUCGCUUUGGAAAAAUAGAUCUUUCGCCGCUGAGAAUGAAAAUCAAUAGCGUGCUGCAGCGACAUAACUCGGGCAACCUGUAACAGUUAGCUUGGUGUAACAAUCCUGUCACUGAUUCGGUACCUAUUGCUUCGUACAUUUUAAUUCGUAACGAUACACAUGCGGAUUGAAGAUACUCGACACGCUGCAAACGCUCUGUUUUUAAAUGCAACAAUUGUGAUGUUAAUUACUUCAACUGCUCAACAUGUUAUAGUGCUCGUUAGCUUUAAAUUUAAGUUUUAAAUUCGCAAUAUUGCAUUUGCAUAAGCAUUUUCGUUGUCUUUAAGAAUCUCACCCAUGCAGCAUUAGGUCCUGCGGAACAUUUUCUCAUUACACACCGUCGCUGAAAGCUUCUUACACGAUUUGCCUUUUUGCCUUUUACACGAUCUUACAUCCAAUGCUUCAAUGCGCGCACCACGAUUAUGUAGAAUUCACGUUAUUAUAGCUAAAAGUAAGGUAUUUUACGACAACACUAACAAAUUUGAGGGGUUACACAAAACGAAAAAAAUGGAGUUCCAGUACCUAAGCUUCUACCAGAACUUAAUCUACUUGAAGCAGCUUAGCAUUAGCUAGCCUAGCUCUUUUAAUUUUCCAUUUCAAAAUGGUGCUUUUAGUGAAUGUUUGCGGAGAGCUGUUAGAAUUUAAGAAUGGUUUUAGGAAAUAUGUCUUUUAUUGAAGCGAUACUGCCAUAGUUUUACGAUGCAACGCUUGCGCAAGGAAACCAACACUUGAGCCAAGUGUGGAUACAUACGGAAAUUAGCAUAUCAUAUUUGCAAACAAGCAACUGAAGCAAUACGAAAACGAGAUCCGUACGUCAGGAUACAUUUUCAGGAACAGAUAUUUUAACGAGAAAAGGAAGAUGAUCGUUUGGCAGGAUUACACAGUGAUUUUCGUCCAAUUCUGCAGUGGUUUUGGACGGACGUAUCCCGCCGAACGUAAUUAAUUGAUUCUAAAGCAAAUUUUACACAAUUUAAAAUGCCACAGAAGAAGUAGUACGCAAAUGAACAAUGAAUACCGCCAAGUGUGACAGUGGAAUCUCGUUCUGCAAAUUCCUGCCCAUACAUCCGCAUGUGCUUAACUUCCAACGUAUAAAGGUAAAUCAGGAGAGCUAGCUUAAUAUGUUUCGAUGAGCAGAGACACAAAAAUGCAUAUCAUGUCGUGUGUGAUUAGCUAUGUGCUUUAGCAAAUGGCUUGGAGAGUGUAUUAUUGUAUUAGUAUGUGCGCAAAAGCAAUGUAAUAAUAUACUGAUGUGAGAUCAUCAUCUCCACCGCCACUACAAUCGCCUGCAUACAAUCAUACCGAAAAAUGUACAACAAAAAAAUCGGCCGGAAAUCUUCGCCAUGGAAGGGUGUUUUAGUCUGUCCAGUUUUAGGACAGGCACUUUUAUUGCGUCGAUCACGGUACAAAAUAA